AACUGAUCCCACACAAAUUUCCAUGAUACUUUACAUCCAUCUUUUCAUCUUUUACUACUUAUUACAGCCUUCCAAUUAGCUUAUGCAAAGCCAAUCUUUUAAAGGCUCACCCAAAGUCACAGUGGAUUUAUUAUUAAAGCAGUUUCCAAGUGCCAACACUGAAAAAAGUUUUAAAAGAAGUCCGAAGGUGGAGAUAGAUCACUUUGAAUCUGGAUCCUCCGAUGAAUCAUCAGCUUCAAGUAUCAGAUAAAGAAGAUGGAUCAUCAGAAGAAGAGGAGGAUGAAAAUGAAGUUCUUCAAGAAAAUGGCCUUGAAAACCUUCAAAGUCAUUACCAAAACCAGCACUUACAGCAGCCGCCACAGCCACUCUGCCAAAAACCAGCAAAAUGGACUAAUUUCACUGCACACAAAGAUGAACUCAGUAAAGUAACAAAAAGAAUGAUGCCAAAGAAAGCCAAAACAGAUGUGAUGGAACUCCAUGGAGGCCGAAUUAUUAGAUCCGUAGGAAGAAAAGACAGGCACAGCAAGGUUUCAACUGCAAAGGGUCCGAAGGACCGACGUGUUAGGCUUUCACCAAACACUGCAAUUCAGUUCUAUGAUGUGCAAGAUAGGCUUGGCUAUGACCGUCCAAGUAAGGCCAUUGAUUGGCUGAUUAAAGAAGCUAAAGCUGCAAUUGAUGCUCUUGGUGAGUUUCCUAAUUGCCAUUGUGCUGAACUCAAUGCUAAAAUGCGGUAUUCAGUUGAUCAAGAACAAAGUCCAAGAUUUAGUCAAGAAAACAGUGGAUUUUCCAGUUCUGAAUAUGGAAUUCCAGAGGUGAAUUAUGACAUCCCAAUUCAGAAUGUAAACUUGUUUUCAUCACCUGAUGGUGCCAAGAUUCCAUUUUUCAAUGAGUUGCAGAGUUACCCACAUGACCAUUUUCUCAAUUUCCAGUCUUUACAAGAUGACACAAUCAUUUCCUCUAGUGAUCAUCAUCAAGGCAGCUUCUUAACGACCACUUCAAUUAAUCCUUUAAAUUCAAAUUCCAACUUGGAAAUGACUAGAUUUAUAAGAAGUGUGAAUGGGAAUAUUGCCAGUUCAAAUUCAGGAUAUGGAGAGGCCCAUAAUUUCCCAUCAGUUUUAAGUCAAAACCAAGUCUUUUGUCAUAGGGAACCCCUUCAGUCCAGCUUUUUUCCUCUAACAAGUGAUCCAUUGAGCACACAACUUCAGACCCUUUCUUAUGGAUUUGCCAAUGAUGGUUUGUCAGGAGUAAUUUCAAGUGCACCAAGAAUUCAAGGGGAAGAGGAGUAGGGUACAUUAUUUUCUGCUUCCUGGCCCAAUGCAUCUGCUCUUAUGCAUUAUUAAGACUAGCACUUCUUCACCAGAAUAUAGAUAGUCUUACUAUUUUCUAUUACUAUUUCCUUUUCAGAAUCUUUGACUUUUUUUUUUUCAGGAGCUGAAAACUUUGUUGACUGGAUGUAAUGCAGAAUUUCUUAGUAUUAUUUUUGGUAUGAGAUGUUUAUGCAAAUUAUAUCACCUUCUGUAAAAUUAUUACUCUUACUAUGCUUGUAAUUUUGCCUACAUUGGAUUAUCAGCAUCUCAUCAAAAGAUUCAUAAUCUCAAGUUGCAGGGGGCCGAGUGAAGAAGAGAAAAAAGUAAAAUGGCAAGACAUAGAUUAAAAUCAUGAAUAGUUUAGACAGACCUAAGCAGGGGCAGGGCCAGUAAGGCCCAAGGGGGUUCUUCGGUGAAAAAAUUAUACUGUAUAUACAAGGUGAAAAUUAUUUUUUAUGUAUAUAUAGUAGAUGUUGAACCCUCUUGGCUUUUUCGUUUGUCUACUUCUUUAUAUUUUUGAACUCCCUUAUUUAAAAUUCUGGCUUCGCCACUUCACCUAAGGUAAGAGAAAUUAAGAAGAUUCCUUGAUUUAAUGAAAGAAAGACCAAGAUGCGAAAAGGGUGUCUUCUUGUAUUUGUUCUUGUAGCUAUCAAACAAUCAAAUCAAAAGGGAUAAAAGUAAGUUGGGAUUUUCAAGAUUUGGCCAUUUUCAUUUAGUAUACACAAGAAUGGGUAUCACCAUUCUAUCAGUAGUGAUUGUAACUUUGGUACAUCAUAUUCAUACAAAGCCUAGCUUGUUAAUGCAACACUGAUAAUUGUCAGUUGUAUUGGCAAAGCAUUCAAUUUAAAAGCAGCACACUGGCAUCUCCUACUUGAUUAAUUUCA